AUGUCCGUACACUCGACACUAAACCUCUACCCCAUGAACCUCGCCACCCCAAGUUCCCAUUUUGAUAAUUACCCACCCUGCAAAACCAAGACCAAAACCCAAAGGAGGCUUCUUCGGAUCAUAAUAACCGAUCACGACGCCACUGAUUCUGACUCCGACCACGAAAAACAGCAACAACAGAACAACCAAACUAAAACAACAAAAGUGAAGAGGGAAAUUACCCAAAUCAGCAUGAACCUUCCACUAUCGGAUAGCUCCUUUUCUUCUUGUUCGUAUUACUCUGCUUCAGCUUCUGCUUCCACUUGUUCCUCGGAACAAGCCUCAAAGUGCAAGAGACCCAAAAAACAGACACCGUCCUCCGCCGCUGCCAGCCGUCGCAGCAAGUUCCGCGGCGUUCGUCAGCGGCCGUGGGGGAGGUGGGCCGCCGAGAUCCGCGACCCCAACCGCCGGAAACGCCUCUGGCUGGGAACUUUCGAUACGGCAGAGGAAGCCGCCACCGAAUACGACAAAGCCGCCGUCAAACUGAAGGGUCCCAACGCCGUCACCAACUUCCCCCUCACAACGCCGCCUCCGGCGGCGUCGUCCCCCGUCGUCCCCACCGAUAGCUUCAGCACCGACGGCGGCGCGUCGUACUCCGACUUGGUGUCCUCGCCGACGUCCGUUUCAACCUACGACUGCGACUCGACGCCGUUCGACAGCUACCGUUACGGCGACGUGGACGCGCUCGGGUUCCACAUCGACGCGCCGUUAAGUUUUGCGGACGAUAACGUCGCUCUGACGUGUCAUCACGGUAAGGAGGAGGAGGCAUUUGAUGAAUUCGAUCUCGACGAGUUCAUGACGUGGCUUCACUAA